AUGUCGAUUAAUGAUAUUUUAGCAAAAAUCUGGUUACCACAAACUCCUUUACAACAGUUGAUUGUUGCAGUGGUGGUUGUUACUUGUAGCUAUUUUUAUUACAAGUUUUUUGUGGCUCCUGUGCGUCGAUUGAGAAAGAUUGGAUUGCCAUUUCCUGCACCAACAGCAUUGACUGGAAAUAUAUUCGAUUAUGGACCUACCAAACAACAUAUAGCUCAACUAGAAUGGCAAAAAAAGUAUGGUACUAGGUAUGCAACACAAUUCUUUAAAGCUCCUGCAGUAUGGAUUGCCGAGCCAGAACUGUUGAAAACAAUCAUGGUCAAAGAUUUCUCCAACUUUGCUAAUCGCUUUUCAUUUAAUGCAGCUUUGCCAUACUUCAAUAAAACGUUAUUGGAAUUAAAAAAUCAGGAUUGGAAACGUGUUCGAACUAUUCUUAUUCCAACAUUUACGGCAUCCAAGCUCAAGUUAAUUGUCCCACUUAUUAAAGAUACUGCAGAUAUUUUGAUCGAUAAACUUAUUAAAGCGGAUGAAAAAGGCGAAAAUAUCGAUCUUUGGAAAGCCUCUGGCAUGUUUAGCAUGAAAGUCAUUCUUGGAACUGCAUUCGGACUUGAAUUUGAAAAUGAAGAGCAGGAAGUCAAACUGACAAACGCAGCAGGUCUAUUUUUUAGACAGGACUUUGGCAUUAGGCAAACUAUAUUCCAGUUAAUCUUUUUUGCUUCAGCCAAACUUUUCCUCUUCCUUGAACCCAGAUGCGGAGGUGGAAAUUUUUGUAGCUCUGUACGGCAUAUUGUUGAAAUAACUAAAGCUGUUAUUAAAGAACGCCGGAAUAAUCUCGCUCAUGAUCGACCAUGCCGUAAGGAUGUCUUACAAUAUAUGAUUGAGGCAGAUGGCAGUAACCAACUUUCAGACGAUGAAAUGAUCAGUCAAGCAUUUGUCUUUCUUGUCGCCGGUUAUGAGACAACUCAAAACGCUUUAACAUUCGCUUGCUACUCAUUAGCGACCAAUCCUGAUAUCCAACGAAAACUAAUUGACGAAAUUGAUAGCAAAUUUCCUAUCAGUGAUUCUCUAGACUACAAUAUUGUAUCAGAAAUGCCCUAUUUGGAUAUGGUAAUAGCAGAAACGCUGCGAUUAUAUCCUCCGGCGAUUACUACUAACCGUGAAGUGAGUCAAUCCAUGAUAAUUGAUGGGAUACAUAUACCCAAGGAUGUUAUCUUGGCUAUUCCUAUCUAUUCUAUUCAUCGGGAUCCAAAAUAUUGGCAUGAUCCAGAACAAUUUAUUCCCGAACGUUUUACUCCAGAAGCAAAAGCAAGUCGUAAUCCUUAUGCCUAUCUACCAUUUGGUAUUGGACCCCGCAAUUGUGUUGGCAUGAGAUUGGCUUUACUGGAGCUAAAAGUAGCCUUAGUCAAGACGUUGCAAAAUAUUGAAUUUUUUGCAAACAAAGAAACUGAAGUUCCUUUGAAAUUAAAAUCUUUGUCCACCUUAUCACCGGUAAAUCCACUAUACUUGGGGAUUCGCAAAAGAUUCUGA